AUGUGCAUGGAGACAACAACAAGGGGCUUUCUCUUUGAGGAAGGACACAAAUUCCAUAUAACUUGUCUCACGCACGACGUCGCAAGAAUGGCCGAUCACGCCCAGCAGCCAGCAGCCGAGGACUUUGAAACUGAUGAUGGUGCAUCUUCGAUCGGUGACUCUUCCGCUACCGACUCUCUUGCAUCUCUUCGAUCCAGCAUUCUUGACUAUCGACGAGAGAAUGGACGCACAUAUCAUAGCAUGAGUGAUGGAAACAUCACCCAUCAUCUGUGGAUCUUGACCUGGGACGAUAACAUUGCCAUCAGCCCAAAAAAGGAUGGUGCCAAAAGGGUUCUGGACGUUGGAACCGGCACAGGAAUUUGGGCUCUGGACUAUGGCAAGCCAGUAUUUGGUGUUGACCUCAGUCCUAUUCAGCCUGAAUUCGUACCUCCCAACUGCAGUUUCGAGGUGGACGACGUUGAGAAGGAAUGGACUUGGAAGGAACCUUUUGACUUCAUCUUCAUCAGAUGCAUGAUCGGAAGCUUCGCCAGUUGGCCAGAUAUGAUUGCCAAGGCCUAUGAAAACCUUGAGCCUGGCGGUUACAUUGAGAUUCAAGACAACAUGUUUCCUCUGUUGUGUCAAGACGGGACCAUGAAAGCGGACUUUGCACCUUUGGAAUGGACAAACCUGCUUAUUGAGGGUACAGAGAAGAUGGGUUGCUCGAUCACGGUCGCUGCCAGCUUCAAACGGAUGCUGGAAGAGGCUGGCUUCGUGGACGUCGAAGAGAAGAAAAAAAUAUGGCCUUUCAACCCGUGGCCAAAGGACCCGAAACUAAGAGAACUUGGCUUUUGGAGUCUGGAAUCUGCCAUGAGCGGCCUCGAAGGGAUCUCACUGGGUUUGUUUACUAGGGUGCUGGGUUGGACCUCAGAAGAGACAAGGGUGUUCUGCGCUCAUGUCAGGAAUGAGCAAAGAAAGAUAGGAGUCCAUGCGUACUAUGAUGUUUACGGCGUCUGGGGUCGUAAGCCAGAGAAGACGGAUGAGGACGAGGAGACGGCUGCCACUGCCACUGCCCCUCCCCCAGCCCCAGCCCCAGCCCCAGCCCCAGCCUCUGCUCCUGCUACUGCUCCUUCUCCUGCUCCUGCCCCAGCCGGGAAUGAGUCUUGA